AUGAAGUCCUCCGCUCUUCUUACCUUGGCCGCAUCGCUGGGCGUCUAUGCUGCCCCAGCCUCGCUCAGACGAGACACCGCUACCUACGACAUCAUUCUCUCCAAGUCUGCUGAUGUCGCCGCUGUUCUGUCCCAGCUCGACUUGACGGUCGAGGACGAGGCCGUGACGAGCACCUACAACAACAGCUUUUUCAAAGGUUUUUCUGGCUCUUUCUCCGCCGAACAGGCCGAGAAACUCGGCGGCAUUGCUGAAGUCUCCAUUGUGGACUCGGCUCUGCAGGCCACCAUCAAGGCCACUCGUUCCAGUGCUCCUUGGGGUCUGCAGCGGAUCUCUCAAACCGAGAGUAUCGAGAACACAGCCAGCCCCUCUUCUACCUCGUAUACGUACACCUACUCGGAUACCACUCUCGGCUCCGGCGUUGACAUUUACAUCGUUGAUACCGGCAUUCGUACCACCCAUACUCAAUUCGGCAGCCGUGCCACCGCUGGCUGGAGUGCCUUUUCGUCCAACACUGACGACAACGGACAUGGUACUCAUGUUUCCGGAACCUCUGCGGGUAACACUGUUGGUAUUGCUAGCAAUGCCAACCUUAUUGGUGUCAAGGUGCUCGACUCGACCGGUAGUGGAACUUCCUCCGGUCUGAUCAGCGGUUUGGACUACGUCGCUUCCCAGCACGAAUCUCGCUCGGGCGAGAGUGAUUUCGUUGCCUCCGUCGCAUCACUGUCUCUUGGCUUCGAAGGUCGCUCUACUGCAGUCGAGAGCGCUCUUGUUGCCCUGUCCGACUCCGGCGUUCACAUUGCGGUUGCGGCUGGCAACAAUGGCGAAGAUGCCUCGAACUACACUCCUGGUUCUCUCGGAGGCGAUGUCAGCAACAUCAUCUCCGUUGGCGCCUCUAACAUCCUCGACGAGGUUGCUUACUUCUCGAACUCCGGCCCCACCGUUGACGUCUAUGCUCCGGGCGUUACUACCUACUCGUCUUACUACAACAGCGACACCGCCUACGCCGUCGCCAGCGGUACGAGCAUGGCCACCCCCCACAUCAGCGGUCUGCUCGCCUACCUCCUUGCCGCCGACCCCAGCCUCAAUGACCCGGCCACCCUCAAGGCACGCGUCAAGUCUCUGGCUGUUUCCGGAUACCUCACCGAGGGCGAGGCCGACGUCACCGCUGGCGGGGAGCUCAUCAUCGCCCAAAACGGCGCGAGUGGAUCCAGCUCUACCGUGGACGAGACCGACAACACCCAGGCCGCGGCUGAUGAGGAGGUCGUCGACCUCGGAAUCUUCUACUAG